AUGUGCAGACGAGUGAUUGGGCAACCCCCACCGACAAUACCUACACAGUCAUCUACCAGUAUUAGGGAAGGGAAUGGGCAACCCCCACCGACAAUACCUACACAGUCAUAUACCAGUAUUAGGGAAUGGAAUGGGCAACCCCCACCGAAAAUACCUACACAGUCAUCUACCAGUAUUAGGGAAGGGAAUGGGCAACCCCCACCGACAAUACCUACACAGUCAUCUACCAGUAUUAGGGAAGGGAAAUGGUCAAAAAAAUGGCUUGUCGAUUUCAAUCCUAAUUUGGAAACUGUGUUAUUGACCGAUGGCCAGUACAAAUUGAUCUACACCAUCAAUGGUCAGUACCCUGGACCGUCCAUCGUGGUUUAUCAAGGACAGCAGGUGGAGGUGGUAGUGAAAAACAGGCUGAUGUCGGAGGGAGUUACGAUACACUGGCAUGGCCUCAUACAGUGGGGCACGCCCUGGAUGGACGGUGUUGGGUCUCUGUCACACUGUCCUAUCAACCCCGAGCAAACCUUUACAUAUAGUUUUUUGGCUGAGCCCAGUGGAACUCAUUGGCAUCACUCUCAUCAUGGAGCGCAGAGGACGGAGGGACUAACAGGUGCAUUGGUAGUCCUCGAGAGAAAGGAGGAAGAAGAAAAUGAGAUGGUGGACGUGUGUAAACACUUGCUUGUUUUGACGCUGUCCAGUGGGAUAGCCAACCCUAACUCAUGGCUGGUGUUUUUCCGUGGAUUCGAUGCAGACCAGUGUUUUGUGCCAUAUGCUGGAGCUAAUCAGGAGAAUGUUGGAUUUCAUCCCUUUGAAUCUAUACUCAUGAAUGGGAAGGGAAACACAUUUUUGACAAAUAUGACUGCAGACAGCGAACAAUGGACAGUUGAGACUUUCAAUGUGACAGCUAAUGAUAAGUACAGAUUCCGGGUGAUCAGCGCUACAAUGGUUUACCCAUUACAGGUGUCCGUCGAUCAGUUGCUACCUAGUGGUAAUGACACACACGUUCCCUGUAUUGAUGCAGAAUGUCAGGAUAUAUGUGACUGUACCAAUAUCGUCAAGUUGGCCAUCAACGAUACCAUUCAACUAGUUCUCCUCAAUAUGAAUAACAACAGAAAUGGUCUGGCUCAUGGAAUUCAUAUACAUGGGCAUCAUGUUCACGUCAUAAAAGUAGGCUAUCCUAAAUACAACACCGAUUCUACUGGACCUAUCACUCAGCAGAAUGCUGACAUUCUGUUCGAUACGCCAAUCUGGUUUUGGUUCAUGCACUGCCAUAUGGAACCCCACGCAAUAACAGGGAUGGCACUCAUUCUACAAGAGGGAGAAACUGGACAGAUGCCAACCCCUCCAUCAGGACUACAAGGAUGUGGUAACUUUUUCUCACUAGGUGCUUCGACAAAUCUUCUGAAAGGGAAUAGCCUACUCAACACCUUAUCAUCAGACCAAAUUCCAGCCUCCGACAGCAUGCCUUAUGGACAUUGGGACCAUUUCAAGGUGAAGGAGCCUAGCUACAUCGCGGUGAUUUGUAUACUGUGUGUAUUAAACAUCACUAGCCUGGCUGUUUUGUACAUGAAAGUCAAGUACUCCGAUAAGAUCAGUAACAUCGAGGCAGUCAAGCUCCACCGGCGGAUAGAAGUCAACGAACGAACAGAACCAGAGACAUUUGUGAACCAUGUUUACAUGAACAAAGACGACAAACAUUCUUACGCCCGUAUAUAA